AUGGAAAUGGAACCUAGAGGUUCAGACUUUUGUGCCACAAUUGACAGUACCAAUCUCAGUUCUAAGAGUCAUGGAGCUACAAAGGUUGUGAAGGAAAGGGUUGACAAGGAACCAAGAGUUGGGAAGGAUAAGGAUGAGAGAGGACCAAGGAUUGAGAAGCCACGUCUUGAGAGGGCUAGAGUUGAGAAACCACGAUCUGAUAGGCCAAGAGCUGAGAGACUUGUUCAAGCCCCUUGUGUGCUUGAUGAAGAGAGCCUUCAAGCUUUGUUUGAUGAGCCACUAGGAAGGGCUCUAAAGAAGGGGAGGAUGCAGCCUCUAAGGCAAGACCAGGAGAUAAAAGAAAGGAUCCACCAGCUCAGGCCCCUUCAGUCAAGCCAUCUCAGCUCACAAUGA